ACAGCUCCUUAGGCAAAGAAUAGAUAAGGUGAUACCGGAUACGUGAGAAUAUGAAGAUGUACCAAGAUAGACAGCACUGAAACCCCAGCAGGAACAUCUCUCGAGUUUAAGGCCACCCCAUAACUUAAAGGCGGUGAGACAUCAACGGAGUUGGGGCAUGUGGUAGUCAGAAAAACUACCAACUAACUGCUACUACUAACCCAACUGUACUCCUCCCUAAAUAUUUAAUGGGUUCAACAACAUACGUUAUUCCUGGCCCACUGCUUUCAUUUUCCUGCAAUCUCAGUCUAAGUCACCGUAAAUACGGUUGUUUAUCUCCAUCAGUAGCUUCUCUACAAUCUUCCUCAACAUCUCAUUCUAUCUCCUCUUCUUCUUCUUCUUCCACCCCAUCUUCUGCCUGUUGUAGUUGGCGCGCCGACGGAAAAAACCGUGUUAGAAGAAGUUGUGUGUCAAUGGCUACUGAUUUGAACAAGCCUACUGUCCUUGUUACUGGUGCUGCUGGCAGAACUGGUCAAAUUGUUUACAGUAAGUUAAAGGAAAGAUCCAACCAGUUUAGUGGGAGAGGUUUAGUCCGAACAGAGGAAAGUAAGCAGACAAUCGGUGGAGCAGAUGAUGUUUUUGUUGGAGAUAUAAGGGAUCCUGAUAGCCUUAACCCUGCAAUCCAGGGCAUUGAUGCCCUUAUAAUUCUGACAAGUGCUGUACCAAAAAUGAAGCCAGGAUCUAAUCCUGCCAGAGAAAAGCCUGAAUUUUGUUUUGAUGAUGGAGCAUAUCCAGAGCAGGUUGACUGGAUAGGACAGAAACAUCAAAUAGAUGCUGCCAAAGCUGCUGGAGUAAAGCAAAUCGUGCUGGUGGGAUCUAUGGGAGGAACAAACCCUAAUCAUCCCUUAAAUAGCCUUGGAAAUGGAAAUAUAUUGGUCUGGAAGAGGAAGGCAGAACAGUAUCUGGCUGACUCUGGAAUUCCGUAUACGAUCAUAAGGGCUGGAGGCUUGCUUGACAAACCAGGCAGUCUGAGGGAAUUGCUUGUUGGAAAGGAUGAUGAACUUCUUCAAUUAGAGACAAGAACUGUUCCGAGGGCUGAUGUUGCUGAAGUCUGCCUUCAGGCUUUGCAAUUUGAAGAGGCAAAGUUUAAGGCAUUCGACUUAGCUUCGAAGCCCGAGGGGAGUGGUGCACCAACUGCAGAUUUUAGAGCUCUCUUCUCCCAAGUUACAACUCGUUUUUAACAAAUUAACGUUUCUAUCAUAACAUUCUCUUGGACACUGUUAUGUGUAUUGUGUCUAUUAAUAUCAGCCAAAAACGCUGAUUCUUUUACUGUCAGUAUGUUUGGGUUGUUUUUCUAUGCUAAAUGUGCACGAAUGCUAAUUGACUAAAUUGUAGAGGUAGGGUGCCUGAGAGAAUAUCUCCAAUAUGAUCUUUGCUUGGACUCA